GUUCUCGGUAACUGUAUCAACAAAAACAUUGUACGUUUUUAAUAAACAUAAAAAAUAGUAACCGGAAAGCCAUGAAUGUUUUUAUUUUCAUUCAAGAAUUAAAAAGAUCUAAAAUUACGGCAGUAUGUGUUAAAUUCUGAUACCAUCAACAAUGAAAGUGAGAGUCAAAUUUGAUAGGGAAACUCGCAUAAUUGACCUAGGAACACGUGAAGCAUCAGAUAUCACACUUCUAGAAUUAAAGACUUCUGUUUCGUCCCAAAUUAAUUUAAAUGAUCAUUCAUUUCAACUGAGUUUAAAUGGCAGAGAUGGUCUUCUGGAUGAAAACCAAAAAUUAUCAGAAAUCGGAAUUGUUUCCGGUGACUUGCUCCAUAUUAUGGGCACCAACAUAACACAGCAGAACAAUGAAAGACCUCCAGAACCAACCAGAAACAGACCACAGCCCCUGGCAUCCUAUACAAGUGAUACAGCUCUCUCUUCUGUGUUAACUACUGGCCAGAUUUCUGUCACAACCUCAACCACUGAUCCAUCCACUUCCCAGCUGUCCACUCCACUGCUCAGUACACACAAUAUCCAAAGUGAAAUGGAGGUGAAUGUGGUGAAAAAUAGCUCACCAACACCUGUGAUAGAUGCAGACGUCAACAGAUACCUCCAAGAGCCACUGGUGAUCAGAGAGUCAACUGCCACUCAAGUUCCCACACUGCUGCACCAGUUGUACACGUCUGCUAACUGUAGCAGCACCAAUGAUGCAUUAUGGGUUGUCCUGCAUGCCAUCAUGCUAGAGGCAGGGUUUUAUCCAAGUCAAGACCAGGAUCUGUGGAUAAUGCCAAGUGAAUGGAAGAAACAAGGAUUUUACACUUGCUCCUACAGCUAUACAGUCACACCUGAUGUGGUGAAAGAUUGUGCUUUGAUUGGUCUGACCAUGGGUUCUUCAGUUGCUGUGCAUGCCCUCACCAAGUCUGAACAGAGUUACAAAACAGAGCAUCUCCAACUUAGAACUGCGGACUUUAUCAGAAAUUUAUCAGAAGACCCCCCUCAGACGUACCGAGCCCUGGAUAGAUUGUCCAGACAGAUGAUGGACACUGUGUGCUUACCUUUAAUUGACGAAAUUGUAACAGAAUCUGGCUUUCCUGGAAGAAGUGGUAUUUUAGCACUUCCUUACGCUGCAAAGUUGAAGAUUUUCUCCUUCCUGGAUGCUAAAAGCUUAUGCCACAUGGGUCAAACUUGCCUGGAUUUCUUCUCAGUGUAUAAAGACAAAAUUGUGUGGAGAUUAUUGUAUAUGCGCCAGUUCGGCAAGCCUGAGGAUUGCAGCCUCGGAAAAAACUGGUUUGAGUUGUACAAAGAAAAAUACCAGCAGCAAAAGGACGAGCAAAGAAGGCGCAUGUUCCAGGUUGAUGCCACAGAUCCUCCGUGGGGAUUUCCUGGGGCUAUUGGACCCUUUAGGCCAUUCGCGCCUGGUAUGCCUCCUUUUCCCAGAAUGCUUGGAGGUGAUUACGACUUGCAUCCUGAAUUUGCUGCAGGUUUGCCUGACCCUCUGGCUGGAAGAUUCACAGGUCCUCUAGCACCAAAUGUUCCCAUGCCCAGUCCAUUUAGUACUGGACACAGAUUUGACCCCUUAGCCAGACCAAACAGAGGGAACCUAACAGGCUCUCCGUUUGCUAAUGGAUUUCAUGGACAGUUCUUUUAACUUAUUUCUAUAACAAACACAUCCUGAUAUUAUGUUAUGUUUUAUAAUUGAAAGAUUCAGCAAAUAAAUGAUGAGAAUG